GAGACACCCCUCCCCCGUCUUCUACCGCAAAAACAAAAACCCUGCACCUCCUCCUCCAUGAGGUAGCCCAGGCAGAGCGGUACUGUACCUCCAGUACCCAUCGCUACAAAGCAGAUAUUGCCAAGUCAGCAAGACAUGGCUAAUAAAGAAGAGCCAAAAACUGCUCCACAGCCAGAUCGGUGGUACAAUCUAACCCUAGGUCCUUCCUUUAAAGAACAACCCUCCAACAAGUACUGCACUUUGCGAUACGAAUUCAAGCCCGCUUCGAUCGAUAAAAGUAAGCCCGGGUUAUUCCACAAGAAUAAAGACAAUCGAGUUUCGGUCGAGUUUCAGAAUAAUCAAUUAGGAAAACCGAAAGUCACUUUUGAAGGAAGCAGUGAGGAUUAUAAAGAAAACGAUGCCGUUUUGUUUUUUGAUGGCCAGGAUUUCCGAUUGGAGAGCCUUCAUCGAGCUGUUAAGCAGCUUAGGCAUCUAAGAUUGCCUGGUGAAUCUGCUGCUCAAUCUUUGCCGACUGUGGAGGCUCCCGUGCUGUCUCCUGCUGGGAAGGGUGUGAAACCUUGUCAGAUUGGGCGAACUGGAUUCCCUGCUGUGCCGGUAGAGGUGGAACGGAUUGAUGUGGGCGGAACACAGGUUUCAGGUACUAAAGCUGUCAGUAAGGGAAUUACUGAGCAUCCAACUCAUCCACCAAAAGCAUCAACUUCCUCACCAAGCCCUGGGAAUGAUGUUGAAGAACAUCAAGAUAUAGACAUCGAGGACAUUUUUGGUGCUGGCUCACCUGAGGAUGGGAAUGCAAUUGAAGAAAAAGUUGAUGCUGGCUUUGAUAUCAAUGUACCACAGCAAAACAACACUGAUGAUGAGAUAGCUGAUGUGGAUGAUAGUGGUGAUGAGGCAGACAAGGGUCUCAAUGCUGCAGAAGCCCUUAGAGCCCAGAAAAAUGCAGAUGAGAGAGAUAAGCAGACUUCCACUUCUAGUAGCAGCAGUGGAAGUGGAAGCAGCGAUAGCGGGGGGAGCAGCAGCAGCAGCAGUGAAGACAGUGAUGAAGAUUCUGUCAACUCUAUUUGAAAGUUCAAGCAACUCCCAAGGGGCAUCUAAAGACAAGCAAAGAAUUACCAAAUGUAUACUUAUCAACCCUGGAUAUAGAGAGAAAUAAAACACCCCGGUUUGAGGAGGAAGGCAUCAUGUUUACCUUCUUUCUUUGAUGGGAUGCAUGAUCUUAUGCAACAAUGACACCGUGUUUUUGCAUGUCAAAUAGUAAGCAAACAGCUUUGUAAUUUUUUGAGAACAAGACAUACACGAUAAGAUUUGUAUUUCAAUUACGAGGGGCUUUUGGAAGGGUGACUUCGGAUUUCACUGUCGUGGCUGGUUGAAAUACAGCGUGGUUAAGUUGAAUGUUAAGUUCUUGAGAUUCCUG